AUGGCAGGCACGCGGAAUCUCCUAUCUCUCGCUGGCAGGACUGCCCUACGAACUCCUCGGUCGCAAUCAGGAACCUCCUUCUUGGAUUCAAUUGUACCUGCAUCUAAAAGAUCAAAAAGCACAAAUUCCACCUCGGCGCUAGCCUACAAAGCCUUGCACCGACGAUCAUCACAUCUUCCUCUGCCAGUAUCCGAAACCUCCCCACAGUAUGGUGCUGCAGCAGCUGUCUCUUCCAUUCUCUACGAAACCCCGGUAGCCUCCCAAGCUCCUCAGAAGAAGCAUAUCCUCAACUGCUUGGUCCAGAAUGAGCCGGGUGUGCUAUCGCGCGUGUCGGGAAUUCUGGCGGCCAGAGGCUUUAACAUCGAUUCACUGGUUGUCUGCAAUACAGAGGUUGAAGAUCUGAGUCGAAUGACGAUCGUGUUGCAAGGCCAAGAUGGCGUCGUGGAACAAGCUAGGCGCCAACUAGAAGAUUUGGUCCCUGUUUGGGCAGUGCUCGACUAUACCUCAGCUGCGCUCGUGCAACGCGAACUGCUUCUGGCCAAGGUCUCCAUUCUCGGACCCGAAGUCUUUGAGGAGUUGAUGGAGCAUCAUCGAGAGAUGACCAGCCAGGAAUACGAUGAACCAAUUGAAAGCGAUCCCGAGGCGGCAGAAGAAAAUGCAGAAAGAAGACUGCAGGAACUGGAGGAGAAUAAGCCAGAAGAAUCGGGCCUCAUUCAGCGAGCACGAGAAAUGCUUGGUCAAAGCAGCAACUUCCACCCCAGCCGUCUAGCUGCUAGUCAGGCGUUGCGGCACAAGCAUGAGCAUCUUGAGGCUAUCACUCAUUUGACGCAUCAAUUUGGCGGAAAGGUCCUCGACAUCAGUACAAACAACUGCAUAGUGGAAGUGUCGGCCAAGCCAAGCAGAAUUGAUUCAUUCAUGAAGUUGAUCGCUCCGUUUGGUAUUCUCGAGUCAACAAGAACGGGUCUCAUGGCUCUGCCUCGAUCACCAUUGUACGGACCUAAUGAGGAUCUCCAACGCGAAGCCGAUGAGGUUGUUGACGCGAGCACAUUGCCUCCAGGUUAG